AUGUCUGAUGAGGAUCAGAAACUGAUGCAGCAGAUCAGCCUCCUGGCAGGCAAAUCCCUUGUCCUCAACAACGCCCAUGCUCCGAACAGCUCCAACCAUGUCGCAGGCACUGCGUCCGAUGAAACGGCGUCCUCAUCAUGGGUCACAAGAAACGAUCGCCACCUCCAACUCAUCAACUCCAGCGUGUUUCACGAGCAGGCCGAGGCGCGAACCAAGGCCAUGCAACAGACAAGACUGCAGAAGCAGCAGCAAAAGGAACAUCGCGAGCGGGCCAAACUUAUGAAUCACCUCAAACACACGGCGAACCCCUCUGUUGCAUCUGCUAACCCCGCAUCAGCGCUCAGCUAUGAGAUAUCGGUGGAGGGCAUCCGCUUUAGAGUCGCAAACAACGGCAGCAAGCUGGUCAAGAUUCCCGGUGCGCCCCAGCCUUCACUCUUUUGCGCGCGACUUCCUGCUCACCAGUCCAUGUCAGGAGACCCCAAUGGACCCAAGGCCACGCCCAAGAUGGCUCUGGUCGGAGGCGUCAAGUUCCAUCGGUCCAAGAACGGUAACAUGUAUCGCCAAGCGAUCGUCAAGGCCCAUCGACAAUCCGCGGCAAUCAAAAAGACCAACGUCACUUGCAAAAACUUUUCCAAUACCGGUUCUUGUCCAAAGGGCCCCAUGUGCCGCUACAUCCACGAUCCAUCCCGAGUUGCUGCGUGCAAGGACCUUCUGCUGAAGGGGACUUGCUCCGCCGGCGACCAGUGUGACCUAUCUCAUGACCUGGUUCCGGAGCGCACGCCACACUGUGCUCCGGUGUGCCACUCGUUUGGCUUUUAUGGCUACUGCGACAAGGGCAUCAGCUGUCCCGAUCGCCAUGUCUUCGAAUGCCCUGACUUCAGCAACACAGGUGUCUGUAAGACCAAGGGUUGUAAGCUCCCCCAUCGAGAGAGGGCAAGCGUCCUCCGAAAGGCAAAUGCUGCUCUCGAGCAGAACGAGAACAGAGAUGACGAGGAUGACUUGUCUAGCGACGACGACAACAACUCGGUCAGCAGCGACGAUGUUGACUCUGACGAGGUUGAGGAGUUCGUCGGUGAAGAAGACCCGACAGACUUUGAAAAGGACUUCAUCUCCUUCAAUUGA